AUGCCUGCCACUAAACAGACACUGCCACCAGAAACUACCAACACACGCCUGCCACCAUACACCUCUCACCAGCGAAUCCCACCAAAUUCCUUGCCACUAACAACUACCACCAUAAAAACUAUCACCCCACACCAUUCACCAAACGCCUACCACCCUACACCUCCCACCAGCAACUACCACCACACGCCAACCACUAGCGACAACCAUCCACAUACAUCUGCCACCAACCGCUUACCACCCUACACCUACCACCACACCGCCUACCACCUUCCACUUUCCACCAGCAACUACCACCCUACACCUACCACCACACGCCUACUACCAAACACCUCUCACCCGCAACUACCACCAGCGCCCCCCACAUCCACAUACAUCUGCCACCAGCAACUACCACCCUACACCUACCACCACACGCCCCCCACCCUACACCUUCCCACCGCACGCCUACCACCACCCCCACCCCACCAUCCACGCGCCCACAUCGCGGUCAUCAUGACAGGGGUAACUACAAGCCGGAAUCAGCUGUCGGAAGCACCUGUAAUGGCCGCAGACAACAUCACUUAA